AUGGAAACAGAAAAAGAUCAUAGAGCCUCAAGCACGGCCUCGGGGAACGAGGCAGUCGAGGCGGUUGCUAGUGAGAUACCCAAGAGUUCUUGGCCGUGCUUGCAGAUCCGCUCGUUAUUGGCUCCGGCAAGUAUAACUCAAAUCUCCGACCCAACGAGGAACGUGACCAUGUGCGGUUCUGGUAGACAGGGUGGUGGGCUCUCGGGCUGCAGAUAUUCCGGAGUAGUGGAUGGUGUUACCGAGUACAUGUUCAGGUGGCCCUGGUCUGGUUCGAGGAACCGCUUCAACGCCAACGGCAGCCACCAGAAGGACCGAGUACUUGGCGGAGAUGCCUUUGACCGCGAUUGGAGAGUCGAGAGCCAGAAGGUAUCCUUCGGCUACCCAGAAAUGGCUCUCCAAUAG